CUUAACUUUAUUGUAAUUUUAAAUAUUUGGGAUAAUAAAACGACCUUCACAUUGCCUGUAAACAACCGAAGGUCUGAAAGAGAAUAUGGCAUCUUCUGCAUUACUACUGCGUUUGGGAAGAGGUGGACCAGUUUUGUUCAGAUCAAAUGUAGCACGCACUGGGGUGACUUGCCUCAUGAGGCAGCAGGUCCCUGCAAACACAUUCAUUCUAACACCAGCCUCAUCUGCAGCCCUGGAUUAUUUUAAAGCCAGACGUGGACCUUUCACCCCUGGUGAGAAGCAAGGUAAACACAUGAUAUUUUCCUCCACACACUGGAAGAUUGAGAGAAUUCUGGCCGUGAGCAUGAUUGGGAUAAUGCCAGGUGCAUUCUUCUUUCAAGGGCCUGCAAUGGACUUCAUAUUCACCACAUCUGUGUUUAUGCACGCAUUCUGGGCUUUUGAUCACGUGUUGUCGGACUACGUCCAGAAGUUUUUCCCACCCAUCCAUAUGAUCUGGUACCUGAUAUCUAUGGUGGCUUUCGCUGGACUCAUGAAUUUCAACUUUAACGAUGUUGGGGUUAUCAAGGCUAUUGCCAUGCUCUGGAAGUUGUAAAAAGUGAAUAUGUGAACUCUGAAGAUUGACAGUAGAGCAAUCCACUUACCCUCUUGACCACUCAUAUACGCACUUUAAAGCGUUUGUAGUCCCUUAGAAAAUCAAUUAAAGUUAAAAACCUUUCUUACUAAUUUUGAGUUGUAAAAGUUUCAUUUUCAACCCAAUGCUUUGGUACUGAUAAGCAGCAAACAUCAUGAAAUCUGUACAUACUGCGAGUUACUCGCAAGCUGUUCUGGUUUUAUUUUGGUUGCUUAUAGCUAUUUUCGCGUUGCUUCUUAGCAGUAAAGAGUUAAAUAUAUUAAAAUAAAGUGCUAAUUUGCUUUCAAAGCAUAUGAAAGUAAAGCGGGUAAGGGUUAAAUAUGUUAGAGCAUAAAGUGCUAAUUUGCUUUCAAAGCAUAUGAAAGUAAAGUUUUCUUAUGUGCUAUAAUAAAAACUCAAACUAUU